CCCUGCGCCGAGCUGUCGGACGUGCAGCUGGUUGUCUGGUCUCCUCCUCACCUUCUGGAAUAAUCCCACUUUUUGUUCUCGUCCUUUUCUCACUGGAAAUUCCUUCUCUCUCUCUCCACAUCAAACAUGACGGACAGUGAAGUGACCACCUGCGCAGACAUCGGCAAGGAGAUCAAAGACAAGAAAUCGGCGGAUGAGUCAGACAACGGAAGCAAUACCACCGCAAAUGGCAAACCCCAGGAUGACGAGAAUGGAGAACAGGAGCACGACCUCGAGGAUGAGGAUGACGCGGGAGAAGAUGAGGAAGAGGACGGAGAAGGUGAUGAGGACGACGAUGAAGAGGAUGACCUAGAUGGGCCCGUAGGGAAGAGAUCAGCCGACGACGAUGAUGAUGAGGAGGAUGAAGUGGAACCCAAGCGACAGAAGACCGACAAGUAGACCCCGCCUGGAGGACGACACCGUCGGGAGACAGCCAGUUUUCUAGCAAACCUUCAACACCUCAGUCCUCCCUUCAAAAACAAGAAUACUUUUAAAAAGAGAAUUUGUUUGUAUUUUUAUUUACAUUUUAUAUUUUUGUAUAUAUUGUAAGGAGGUCGGCCAUUUUUCAACAGUGAUCUUUCUGGGCAUCACGAGGUGCUUCGAAGACGUUCGGAUCCAGAGUCAUCAUCCGUCCACCCGUUAUGAUGAAACCACCAGAAGCGUCCAGAGUAUCAUUCCAUCCACACACCUCCGACACACUGCAGCAUGUUCAACACACACACACACAAACACACCAGCUUACUCUUGUUACAACAUUAUAGGCUUCAAGAUGUGUGUUGACCUGUAGAAACAGUGAGCGUUACAGUGACUCAGUCCGAGUGUAUUAGUACUAGUUUGUAUGAGAUUACGAGGCUGUCGUUUCUGCUGUCCGUCUGUCUGUCUGUCUGUCAUUGCCUAGUUUGAAUCUCUUUGUCCGUGUUAUUUUGUUGACCAAUAAACAUUUGAUUUAGUUUGUCCGUAACCGUGUUAGUUUUCGUGCUGUUUUCCGAGUUUGAAUCUUCAGGAGGGAGCGUUUGCAGACUAGCGUGCGUCCGUCCGUCAGCAGGGAUCACAUCCAGAAUGGUGAAUGUCGUGUUCGGGGAUUCAAGCUGGUGUCUGUAGAAUAGUUCCAGGUUCAAAUCCCACGAGGUUGAGGAAUGUAAAACGAGAAGUGACACAUUAAACUGUGGCAGACUUUCCCCUUUUUGAAAACAGUUGGCGCGUGGGGUUGCACCUGUCUUGGGUAACAGUUUCAUUAAAGAUUGUUCCAAAACACAGUCUGAUUAAUAUUUCACAGCAUGAGUGAACUUCAGGAGGGCCGGGGAUCUGGAGGUGUCUCUCUCGGUUAUACUCCCAUAAUCAUUCAUUGGAUCACUUUCAAAUAUGCUCCUAUGAAACAAGGUCUUCAGAGCAAGUGAAGCAACUUGUAUUUGUUGGAGGUAUCUGACUGGACUCAAAUAUUCCUCCGGAGAAAGCAGCAACAGGAGGUUCACAUCUCCCGGCGUUAGUUUAAAUGAGGCGUAAUAUUAAUGAUCUUAAAAUAAAAUCUGGGUCACAGUGAAUCAGGCCAUGGUGACACUGCGCAUGAAGUAAGAUUCACCAUUGUUGCGCCGUCUGCUUUUGCACUGACAUUUAUUUUCAGGCAAGCGCGAUGACUGUCGAAAACAAGUUCUGCUGAGAAACCAGUAGGGGGCAUUAAACAGAGGCGUGUUAUAUUUGACAUCACGAGGAAUAAAUAUACACAAUAGUAAUCUGAUUAUUAUGAGCAGGUGAAAUAAAAGACAAAAUAUUGUUUUAAACUUCAUAUAGUCAAGAUGAGUCUAUCUGAAUAUUAAGUCCAUAUAAAACACAAAUAGCAGGGGGAAUUAAAAACGACAGGAACACACGCACAAACACGUUUGUAUUGCCUUUUUUUUGUGUGAGGACCUCUCAUUGCCACAAUGCUUUCCCCAGCCUCUCUCCCUAAACAUAACCAUCCAAAACACAUGGCUAACCUUAAACAGGACUCUGAACUAAACUUAACUAAACACCCAAUUAUAAUGACCCAGUUAUUUAGUCAUCCGCAAAUUGAGGCUUAACCUGUGGGUCCAGCCAAAUGUCCCCACAAAAGCAUACAGUUUUCACAAGUCAAGAAUUGGUCUCCACAUAGCAGGAUAAACAAGCCCCCACAUACAGACACCUGUUUGUUUCUCUAUCCUUGUGGGGACCUAUCAUUGCCAUAAUGCUUUCCAUGGCAUCUCAUCUUAAACAUCCAGGUUGAAUAAAACACUCAGACACAUGCUUGGUCACAUCA